CGGACGCCAUUACCACGCCAUCGCACAAGCUGUCAUUUACGCGUUCGUUUGUGAAAACAGAUACCAAAUCAGUUUGUCAAUUCACAGUUUUGUAUUAAUAGUUUCUAGAACCACAUUAAUCUCAAAAUGGCUGAUGAAAAGAAGGGAGAAAACGAACACAUUAAUCUGAAAGUAUUAGGUCAAGAUAACGCAAUUGUACAAUUCAAAAUAAAGAAACACACACCUCUCAGGAAAUUGAUGAAUGCUUAUUGUGAUAGAGCAGGUCUAUCAAUGCAGGUAGUGCGAUUCAGAUUUGAUGGGCAACCAAUAAAUGAGAAUGACACUCCAACAUCACUUGAGAUGGAAGAGGGCGACACAAUAGAGGUUUACCAACAGCAGACCGGAGGAGUGUCCCUAGUGUAAAUUUAAUAAUCUUAAGGAUUGACCAUCUCCAAUGGGUCAAAAUCAAUGAGGUGUACCCGUCUCAAGCUCUAACCUUAAGUUAAUUUUAAAGAAACAUCAUUUGUAUCUGUAAAAGUGUUAGGAAGUAAUUUUGUGACACAUAAUAGCAUAGCCGAGCUACGCAAAGCAUUAUGCGUCUCAAAUAACUUGUGGUAAGGUAAAUUAUAAGUAUACCAAAUGCUGUAGGUAACUUCAACAAUUCCAUUGUGAUAUGUUUAGUUGACACGUCUACGAAGGCAAGACUGUUGUAGUGCUGCAGUAAUAAAGCAAAUGCAAACCUAGCCUAUUAUGGUAUCUAAUUUAUUGGGCCUAUGUCCAUUUCGACAUCAGUUCUGUAACCAACGAUAUCUGAAACAAAAUAAAUGUAAUAUGUAUUA